AUGCGUGACGGCUUCCAGUUUGUUGGACGCAUUCCUUACCUGGUUACAGAGCCGAAGCACCUGGUCGUAGCCAGCGAAGUCGCGACGAUGGAUUUUCUCCGUUUACACGGUAUACCUGUCCCCAAGGUCUACAGCUACUCAGCUACCUCGGAGAACGCAGCUGGUACCGAAUACAUCUUCAUGGAGUAUAUCCGGGGCACGAACUUGGGUGACGUUUGGUUUGACCUGUCUGAAAAGGCUCGGAUUGCCGUCGUCACUAAACUCGUGGAGCUGGAGUCUCAAUUGUUUGAUCUUGAGUUUCAGGCAAGCGGUAGUCUGUAUCACACCAAGGACUUGCCAGCUGGAUUCGAUAAAUUCGAGGGUCCUAUCGCCAAAUCUGCCCGCGAUGGCGACUUUUGCAUUGGUCCUGACACAAGGCUCCGCAUGUGGUAUGGGAAACGGGGCGAUCUCCAGAUUUAUCGCGGACCACAUAGAGAUCCAACAUCGGCACUUAUUGCUGGGGCCAAGAAAGAAAUCGCAUAUCUGACGAAGUUCGGUCGACCGCUUCACCCCUUCCAACAUCUACGGCGAGAAAUCUACAACUAUCAAAAGCAAUCGCCCUUGGAUCAUCUUGUCAGCCUGGAGAGAUACUUGCAAAUUGCGUCUUAUCUCAUUCCGCAUGACAACGAAGCUCUUGCCCGGCCGACACUACGACAUCCCGAUCUCCAACCAAACAAUGUAAUUGUCUCGGAUAAACUUGAAAUCACUAGUCUAAUUGACUGGCAACACUGCGCAAUACUCCCGCUCUUCCUGCAGUGCGGUAUCCCAAAUAGCCUCCAGAAUUACGGUGACGCCAUUUCAGAAUCGCUUGAAGUGCCAGAAUUACCACCCAAUUUUGACGACUUAAGCGAGAGGGAACAAUUCGAGCAGGCCGUGCUCCUACGCCGGCGUCAACUCCACUACUACUAUAUUGCAAAGACUGCACAACUAAACCCGAUUCAUUACAACGCCCUAGCCCACGACUUCAGUAUAAUAAGACGAAAACUCUUUGAUCACGCGAGCGAACCCUGGGAAGGCGAUAAUGUGACACUGAAAGCUGAUCUCAUCUAUCUAACGGAGAACUGGUCGAGUAUUACCGCCCCAGAAUCGAGCGCAAGAGGCGAUUCGAAGGUUCCUUGCCCGAUUUCUUUCACAGAACACGAGGUAGCCGAGUGUAAGCGUCUGCAUGCUGCGCAGGUUGAAGCCGACGAGCAGCUCCAGGCUUGUAGGGAUGCUGUUGGCAUCGGCCCGGAGGGAUGGGUACCCUUAGAGCAGUACGAAGAGACUAGACAACGUGAACGAAAGCUCAAGGCGGCUGCGCUUGAGUUAGCUGAGUCGAACGAAGAACGAGCGAGGCUCGAAGAGCAUUGGAUCUUUGGUGAUUUUGAUGAAGAGGAGUAUUCGUGA